UGCUUUCACCGGCGACCUAGUUAGAGGCUCGGGCGCGCCCUUCCGCUGAGAGGAAGCACAGGCUCCUGGGGUCUGGGGGCCUCACUUCUCAGAAGGCAUGGCUGGGGGCAGGGUGGCCGAGUCUCACUAGGUGGAGGGGAAAUGGGCAAAAGACUGGCAAGGGGCCUCCCCUGCUGUUCAUAAGCUGGUUUUGAAGACAGGGAGAGGGAAGCUGGUCCCACUCCCCUAACCCUGUUCUGCCCAAGAGCCUGAGAAGUGGGUUUACUUGGGCAAAUGCUAGGGCUUCAGGAAUGGAGGAGGUGCCUAGGAGGGAGAGGUCACCUCCUGGGGCAGCCACACCAGAGUCAGCUGCACAUGUUCUCCAGCCUCUGCUCCUACUGCUGCUGGUGCUGCUGCUGCUUGGUGGCCAGGGCCAGGGCGGCACAUCUGGCAGGUGUGACUGUGUCAGUGAGUCACAGAAGAGGUAUGGCCCGUUCUGUUGCAGGGGCUGCCCAAAGGGACACUACAUGAAGGCCCCCUGCACAGAACCCUGUGGGGACUCCACCUGCCUUCCCUGUCCCCCGGGCACCUUCUUGACCAGAGAUGGCCACUUUAGGACUGACUGUACCCGCUGCCAAGUCUGUGAUGAAGAGGCCCUUCAAGUGACCCUUGGGAAUUGCUCGGCAGAGUCAGACACCCACUGUGGCUGCCAGUCAGGCUGGUGUGUUGACUGCUCCACUGAGCCGUGUGGGAAAAGCUCACCUUUCUCUUGUGUCCAAUGCCCAGACUAUGAGGCUACAACGUCGCCCCGGCCCUGCCCGCCUGGCUUCUAUAUACAUGGCAAUGGCUGCACGUCCUGUCCCACGAGCUUCAGCAGCCUUUGCCCUGAGGCCUGCACUGCUGUCUGUGGCUGGAAGCAGAUGUUUUGGGUCCAGGUGCUUCUAGGGGCCUUGUUUCUUCUUGGGGCUAUCUUGAUCUGUGCAUAUUGUCGAUGGCAGCCUUGUAAGCCUGUGGUCACUGCAGACACGGCUGGGACGGAGACCCUGGCUUCCUCGCCACAGAUUAGCCAUCUCUCAGCUUCUGACAGUGCCCACACCCUUCUGACACCCCUGAACAGUACUGGGAAAGUCUGCACCACCGUCCAGUUGGUAGGCAACAACUGGACCCCUGGUUUAUCCCAGACUCAGGAGGUAGUCUGCCAGCAGGCCUCACAACCUUGGGAUCAGCUGCCAAACAGAACUCUUGGCCCUCUGGCAUCUCCGCUCCCGCCAGCGCCCCCUGCAGGCUCUCCGGCUGCUGUGCUCCAGCCUGGCCCGCAGCUCUACGACGUGAUGGAUGCGGUCCCAGCACGACGGUGGAAGGAGUUCGUGCGCACGCUGGGGCUGCGGGAGGCAGAAAUCGAGGCCGUGGAGGUGGAGAUCUGCCGCUUCCGAGACCAGCAGUAUGAGAUGCUCAAGCGCUGGCGUCAGCAGCAGCCUGCAGGCCUGGGUGCCAUCUAUGCGGCCCUGGAGCGCAUGGGGCUGGAAGGCUGUGCGGAGGACCUGCGCAGCCGCCUGCAGCGCGGCCCGUGAUGUGAGGUCCGUCAGCCACUUUGACACUCUAGUGACCCUUGAAGGAACCUUAAGUAUUGUUACUUAUGCAUGUAGACAUUUUAUGUCACUUACUAACCCUGUGGUCCUGCGUAGCAGGGCUGGCUGUCUCACCCUUGCUCACCUGCAGCACGGAACUCCAACUAAGGGAAGUGUCAUGGAGAAAUACCAGAAGGGGCCAAGUGAUUGGUUGCUCAGCUGUAAAGUAGCCCAAGUUUGGACUUGGUAUUAAAUUUCGUAAGAAAAGCAGCUGUUUG